AUGAAGGCCUGUGUCUCCCUGCUGGUGGCCAUGCUCUGUGGCCUGGGCUGGGCUGGAAACCUGGAGUCGUGUGCAUCUCGCUGCAAUGAGAAAUUUAACCGGGAUGCUGUCUGCCAGUGUGAUCGCAGAUGUCCCCAGCAUGACGACUGCUGUGAUGACUAUGGACGUCUGUGCAAUGCAUUCAGCGUCAGAGGUUUGUCCACAUACCCUUUCCAUAUACAUGCUUGCCUCGAGUUGGGAACCCGGAACCAGGGCCGAAGCUGGAGGGAACUCCUGGGAUGGCUGGUAACUUUAUUUUCCUACAUUACAGCUGAAGAAGGCCCCCCAGAGCCCAAGGCAUUCCUGGAUCCAGAGGAUGAGAUCCCAGCCAGCUACCUGUACUCUGCACCGAACUCCUGCCAGGGCCGCUGCCGGGAAGCCUAUGACAGGCACCACCCUUGCCACUGCAAUGACCGAUGUCAAGAGUUCGGGAACUGCUGUGAAGAUUUCGACAGCCUGUGUGGUGACCACGAGGGCUUCUCCCAUAGCAGCGACGCCAUAACCAACGAGGAACUCCAGAGUAUCUCUGAGGUGAUCUACAGGGUAGAUACCAAUAAAGCCCAGAAGGAAGACAUUGUCCUCAACAGUCAAAACCGUGUCUCCCCGUCAGAGACAGGAAACCGAGUGGAUCGUUGCCCCGAGCCGCUCUUUACUUACGUCAACGAGGAGCUCUUCUCUAAGCCCACCUAUGCAGCUUUUAUCAACCUGCUCAACAAUUACCAGCGGGCCACGGGCCACGGGGAACACUUCAGUGCCCAACAGCUGGAGGAGCAGGCUGUCUUCCUCAGGGAGGUCAUGAAGACAGCUGUCAUGAAGGAGCUCUAUGGCUUUCUCCAUCACCAAAACCGCUACAGCUCCGAACAAGAGUUCGUGGACGAUCUGAGGAACAUGUGGUUUGGGCUCUACUCAAGAGGCAGUGAAGAAGGAGAUUCCAGCGGCUUUGAACACGUCUUCUCGGGCGAAGUGAAAAAGGGCAAGGUCACUGGCUUCCACAACUGGAUCCGCUUCUACCUGCAGGAGAAGGAGGGUCUGCUUGACUAUUACAGCCACAACUACGAUGGACCUUGGGAUUCCUACCCUGAUGUCCUAGCCAUGCAGUUCAACUGGGAUGGCUACUACAAGGAAGUGGGCUCAGCUUUCAUUGGCAGCAGCCCUGAGUUUGAGUUCGCUCUCUACUCUCUGUGCUUCAUCACCAGACCAGGCAAAAAGUGCCACUUAAGCCUGGGUGGCUAUCCUUUGGCCAUCCAGACCUAUACCUGGGAUAAGACCACCUAUGGAAACAGCAAGAAGUACAUCGCCACAGCCUACAUAGUGUCUUCCACCCAAUAGAGCUCACGGCCAGAUGGGUUAUGAGGGCAGAGGGCCAAGCCGGAUCCAGGUGCUAUUUGCUCUGUACUGGGGAGAGGAGGGAGGAGUCUGGGAGGAACCCCACAGCCCAGUUUUAUGAAAGAGAUCUCAAAUCUAGAAAUGCCCAUGUGGGAGAGAAAAAAAAGAUACAAUUAGAAAAAUGUAGAGAAUCAGUCAAACUUUUGUCUUUCUGUAUCUUAGCAACAUGAACUAGGAAAUAGAGCCCCUCUCUGUCUGGAAAAGGUAGCAACCUUGGAGAAUUCUUUACAGUAUAGUGGGACCAUGAGCAAGUCCUUGGCCUCACAUUUCCCUCUAAUGUGAAGGGGAGGGGUCUUCCCCCUUUCCUGCUCGGGGCUUGGGGAGAGGGUGAUGAGACAGUAUUAUGACUGUGAUGGUGUCUUCAGCUGUUUGUAGGAAGAACAGGUGGUAGAAAUUUGGGAUUUCCAAACGGCUGUCACUGCUCACAGCUCUGCAACUGCAACACAGGCCUGUGCUGGGCCCCAAAGAAGCCAGCCUUAGACCCAAGCACGAGAAUCUUAGGGAACCAAAUCUGUGACAGUGCAGAGUCAGGGCUGGGGGGUAAGUGGGCUCGGGCAGGUGGCCUCCUCCAUCCUAGAUGUCUGUGUGGCCGCCUCAACAUCUGUUUCUAGAAGUUUCCCACUUGCAGAUGUUUAGUGCAGUUACAGACAUGUGUGUUUUGAUCCCACAUAGUGCUUUGUUUUGUUUGGAAAGGAUCCCCGCACAGGAGGGAGAUCGAACGUCAAAGGAAGAAAAGAACCUAUAAGUUGGUGUCGCUGACAAUCAUACUAAUGUUUAUCCAGCUGCCAUACUUUGAGACAUUCUAGGCUGGGAGAAGAGGGACCCUGGGUUUCCUAUUUCAAUCUCUGUGAUGUAUUCCCCCACUGACCCUCAAGAGCCAGAUGUGGCCCCACAGAGCCAGGCUUGUACCACAGCUUAGAGGCAUCACGUUUCCAAUUAAAGCCACUGGAGAACCCCUGAAAUGUGUUUCAUCCUUG